AUGAGUUACCCGGUGGACACGAUAGGGAGCCCCUUCAGGAGAGUUAUGGAUACUAGGACGACCAGCUACGGCUACAGCCGCUCCGGCGGCUCCCCCUCCAGCGGCUACAGAUCCCAGUCUUGGUCCCGGGCAAGCCCCGGCUCCUCCAUGGCCGCAGUUUACAAGAGGAGCGUCAACGUGCCGGUAUCCCGAGCUUACAGCUCAACGGUGCUCAGCUCCGCCGACAGCGUUGAUUAUAGUCAAAACUCCAUCCUGAACGGAGACUACAAGCGGUCAAAUGAGAAAGAGCAACUUCAGGGGCUCAACGACCGGUUUGCUGUAUACAUUGACAAGGUGCACUACCUGGAGCAGCAGAACAAGCAGAUCGAGGCGGAGAUCCAGGCACUGCGGCAGAAGCAGGUGUCGCGCUCCCAGCUGGGCGACCUCUAUGACCAGGAGCUGCAGGACCUGCGCUCGAUGCUGGAGCAGAUCCACCAUGACAAGGCGCAAAUUCAGCUCGACACCGACCACAUCGAGGAGGACAUCCAGCGGGUCAGGGACCGCUUUGACGAAGAAGCCCGCAUCCGGGAGGAGACAGAGGCCAUAAUCCGUGUUCUGAAGAAGGACAUGGGCGACUCGGAGUUGGUGAAGUCUGAGUUGGAGAAGAAAGUUCAGUCUCUCCAGGAUGAGAUCGCCUUCAUCCGCAACAACCACGAGGAAGAGGUGAGCGAACUCAUCGCCCAGAUUCAGGCUUCUCAGGUGACCGUGGAGAGGAAAGACCUCCAGAAGACAGACAUCACCGAGGCUCUGCGGGAGAUCCGCUGCGAGCUGGAGGGUCACUCCAACCAGAACCUGCAGCAGGUGGAGAGCUGGUUCAUGUGCCGCUACGCCAAGCUCACCGAGGCUGCGGAGCAGAACAAGGACGCCAUAAAGUCCGCCCGUGAUGAGAUAGCCGACUACCGUCGCCAGCUGCAGUCCAAGACGGUGGAGCUGGAGUCCGUCCGCGGGACAAGAGACUCACUGGAGAGGCAGCUGAAUGACAUCGAGGACCGCCACAACAGCGACCUGGCCAGCCUGCAGGAGACAAUUCACCAGCUGGAUAAUGAGCUCAAGAGCACCAAAUGGGAGAUGGCUCGUCACCUGCGUGAGUACCAGGACCUCCUGAAUGUCAAGAUGGCCUUGGACAUUGAGAUUGCUGCAUACAGGAAACUCCUAGAGGGUGAGGAGACCCACUUCAGCACUUUCCCAUAUCGCCAGACGGUCACCUCCACCAAAAUCUCUAGGCCUAAAUCAGACACUCCCAAGCUAAAGGUGCAGCACAAGUUUGUGGAGGAGAUCAUCGAGGAGACGAGGGUGGAGGACGAAAAGGCUGACAUUGACGAGGCCCUGGCAGAGAUUGCACAAGAGCUGUCUGCCACGCUCAGAGAGGGAGGAGAGGAGGAGGAGGGAAAAGAGGGCGGAGAGGCUGAGGAAGCAGAGGAGGGUGAGGGGGAAGAGGGAGAAGGAGAAGAAGGAGGUGCAGAGGAGGAGGAAGUUGUAGGCGCCACUGAAGCCAAAGUAAGCUCUAGCGCACCCACUAAGGAGGAAGAGGAGGAGGAAGGAGAAGAUGGUGAGGAGGAAGAGAAGGAAGAAGAAGGUGAGAGGGAGGGAGACGAUGAGGGAGAAAAGGAGCAUGAUGCAGAGGGAGGCGAUGAAGGAGAAGGAGAAGAGGGAGGAGAGGAGGAGGAGGAGGAAGUUGAGGAGACAGUAUUGUGCUCCAAAGCUCCAGAGUCUAAGGCCUCUCCUGACAAAGAGAAGGCUGGAGACAUAGAGGGCAGCAGAGGAGAGGAGGAAGCAGCCAAGGAAGCUGGUGCUGAGGAGGAGGGUGCUGAUCAGGAUGAAGAUGUAAGCACUGACAAAGCAUCCAAAAGCGGAGAUGAAAUAGAAGAUGCAGACAAAGGCAAAAAAGAAGACGAGAAGAAGGUAAAAGAUGAGAAGGCAGAUGACAAAUCAGAAAAAGAGUCUCCCAAGCUCACAUCACCUAAGUCUGAGUCUCCCAAGGUUGCAUCUCCUAAGUCUGAGUCUCCCAAGGUUGCAUCUCCUAAGUCUGAGUCUCCAAAGUCUGAGUCUCCCAAGCUGGCAUCUCCUAAGUCUGAGUCUCCCAAGCUCACAUCUCCUAAGUCUGAGUCUCCCAAGCUUGUGUCUCCUAAGUCUGAGUCUCCCAAGGAAGGCUCACCGAAGGCUGAAUCUCCCAAACUUAGCUCCCCAAAAGCUGAGUCUCCCAAGUCAGAAUCCCCAAAACCUGAAUCUCCUAAAGCUGAAUCCCCAAAGGCAGAAGACAAGAAGCUAGAAAAGAAGGAUGUCGCCAUGAAUGGUGAUAUAGACAAGAGCAGCCCAGAAGAGAAAGGGAAGAAGGACGAGGGGGAAGAAGUUGACGUGAUUGCUAAUGGCGUGGACGAGAGCCCCGUGAAGGAAGAUGGCAGCCAGAAAGUGGUGAUCACCAAGACUGUGGAGACGAUCACCACCGGAGAGGACGGAUCCCAGCACGUCACCAAAUCCAUCACUGUGACCGAGACAGUGAAAGAGGUGGAGGAGGUGAUGCAGGAGAAGCUGGUCUCUACCAAGAAGACGGAGAAGCACUCCACCCAGUCCAUCAAGCAGGUCACAGAGGGUGAGUGA